AAAUCAGAAGUAUUUUAACAUUUGUAAGUGCUAGUUUCACAUUCUCAUCAAAAUUAUGUCGUUCAAUUAAAGCCUAAAAUCCAACUCAAAACCGACCAUGUCUUCUGCCGCCUCCUCCUCCCAAUCCAAGCAGUCCCAGGCUCAACCCCUGUCCACCAAUGGAUUAAGCCGCAAUAGAAAACGCCAGGAGCGGCGGAAGCAGCGCCUGCAGGAAAUGCAAGGUCUGCUGUACUCCAAGCACUUCUCCAACUGCCGGCUGCCUGUGUCGGUGGCCUCAUCCUCCGAACAGCAGCUGCUCCAGCUAAAGCGCUUCGAAUCGCUGACCGAGCCGCCGUCCAGCAGCAGACAAAGUCCGCUCCUCACGAACCCGUCCAGCGAUUCGCCGUGGGCUCGACUGCGCCUGGUGGCCUGUCCCUGUCAAGGAUGCCGCUGCUCGUUGGAGCCCAGCGCUCUGUUGGGCCACUAUUUGAGUGACCAUCUGCCGGGCAUGGGGGUCCCCUUCAUCGAGCUGGAGGCGGGCAAGGUGACAUCCCUCACCUGCCAUUUCAGCAGCCUGGAGAAGGAUGUCAACACGCUGCUGGGCGUCUAUGGCUAUCGGCGCACAGGCCUGAAUCCGCUGAAAUGCCACAGGAACACCCAUCUGCCGGCGGAAUACCGCCAGUUCUCGCAGCACAGCCCCCUCAUGAUCUUCGCCUGCCGCACCGAGCACUCAAUGCUGUGGCAGAGGAAGCGGGUCAAGCAGGAGGUGCUGGCCAUCUGGGUGGCCACUCCCCUGCAGGGUGUGGUCAUCACUCUCCGCCUGCUGGUCCAACCGGCCAAAUCCACACGCUACUGCUCCAAGCAGAUCAAGGCACGUCCUAUACUUCCCUGGUCAGCGAAUCAGCCCUGCAGCGAGUUCAUCAAAACGGACAGCAAUGCAGUGCUGAUCAGCCUCGAAGAUCUCUGGCAGCUAAUGGAUCUGGAUGUGUGGCAGCAGUUGGUAACCGUGGAACUCAAGGUGAUCGGCGAGGCAAGGAUUUAGUAAAGCAAUAAAUUUACCAACAACUUUGGA